CUAAAGGUAAAAUAUUCCGCAGCAUUCAAAUGUUUCUUUAUUUCUAAAUAUAAGAAAUACAACAUGAGAUACAUUAGCAAAGUCUGAUUUAAGUGAAUCUUGACAUCAGCAGGUAUUAAAGAGCUACUAGCAUUGCAAUGAACGUUUUCUGCAAACUCAUUUGUUGAGUUUUGACUCAUCAGUUUUUAUUUAUGACCAAAUAUAAAAUAUAUUAUAACCUCUUCAAGUCCUGAAUCGUGUGUGUGCUUGAUCGUGUGGGGGUGUGUCUGUAUGGGGAUGCACUUGUUUGCGUGUGUACGCGUCGUAAGCCAUAAUAUAUCAUGUGGAUCAUUUCGUGCUAUCAGGUUUGGGUUCAGGCACUCAAAGGAGAACUUUGCCCUGGACACAACGGAGAGAACCAAGAUGGGGAAAAGGCGGUUCUCAGGGUUGGAGGUGACCUUAAUGGUCCUGUUCGCGUUGAUGUUGAUAAUCGCCCUCGCUCUCAUAGUCCUCUUUGUUACCGGUGAACCUGGGACCAUUAAGGAUGAGACAACAGAAGUAUUUGUUCCACAAUGUCCAAAUAUUCCUGAUGCGGAAAGGGUGGACUGUUUCCCCGAUGCUGGAGCCUCCAAGAAAGGAUGUGAGCAGCGUGGAUGUUGCUGGCAUCCACUUGAUGAGCGAAAUGUACCCUGGUGCUUUUUUCCCAUCAACCAUGGAUACACUGUGGAAUCAAUGGAACAACCAGAUCCUUAUGUAAUAAAGGCACAUCUGAAGAGAAUGACCUCCCCUUCCUUGUUUGGAGCAGAUAUACAGGAACUGUCUUUUCACGCUGAAAUGCAGUCCAGCAAUCGACUUCGUUUUAAGAUAUCUGAUGCCAACUUGCAGAGGUUUGAGGUGCCCCAUGAACAUGUUAAUAACCUCAGUAAAAACCCAACUAGUCCCAUUAGCAAAACAUUGGAGGUCGUACACAAUCCUUUUGGCAUAAUUGUGCGGAGAAAAGAGAACAGAAAAGUCCUGUUUGACACCACUAUGGGACCAUUAGUGUUUGCAGACCAGUUCCUGCAACUGUCUGCGAAACUUCCCUCCAACAAUAUUUAUGGCCUGGGAGAGCACGUUCACAGACACUUCCUCCAUGACACACACUGGAAGACCUGGCCCAUCUUCACGAGAGAUGCUUUUCCUAAUGGGGGAACACACAACCUCUAUGGACACUAUCCCUUCUUCCUCUGUCUAGAAGAUAAAAGUGGAAAGUCAUUUGGAGUUUUCCUAAUGAACAGCAAUGCAAUGGAAGUGACUUUGCAACCUGCACCUGGAGUGACAUACAGAACGAUUGGAGGAAUCCUUGACUUCUAUAUAUUUUUUGGCGAUACACCGGAACAAGUGGUGCAGGAGUUUCUCGAGCUUAUUGGCAGACCAGUUAUUCCGCCCUACUGGUCACUGGGAUUCCAACUUUCUAGGUGGGACUAUGGUAGUUUGAGUGAAGUUAAAAAAACAGUCGAAAGGAAUCGUGCAGUGGAACUCCCAUAUGACAUCCAAUAUACUGACAUUGACUACAUGGAGGAUAAGAAAGACUUCACCUAUGACAAAGUCAAGUUCAAUGAGCUGCCUCAAUUUGCUGACUACCUUCAUGAGAAAGGACAGAAAUACAUCCUCAUUCUGGAUCCGGCCAUUGCCACCAGUAAAAGGGUUGGGGGUGUUCCAUAUGAGUCAUUUGAUCGUGGGACCAAGAAGAACGCCUGGGUCACUAAAUCAGAUGGCAAAACUCCUUUAUUGGGAGAGGUAUGGCCAGGAGAGACUGUAUUUCCAGACUACACCAGCUCAAACUGCAUCGACUGGUGGGUUGAUGAGUAUGAGCGAUUUUCCCAGGAGAUCAAACAUGAUGCCCUCUGGAUAGACAUGAAUGAAGUGGCGAACUUCAAAAAAGGAUCAACUAAGGGCUGUGAUGAUAACAACUUAAACUAUCCUCCCUACACUCCGAAGAUUCUGGAUGAGGUGAUGUAUAGUAAGACUCUGUGUAUGGAUGCCAAGCAGGCCUGGGGAAACCACUAUGAUGUCCACAGUCUCUAUGGCUACUCAAUGGUGUUGGCCACUGAAAAAGCUCUGCAGCGUGUGUUUGGAGGAAACCGUACUCUGAUGCUGACCCGCUCCUCCUUUCCAGGUGUGGGGAAAUAUUCGGGUCAUUGGCUGGGGGACAACGCAGCCAACUGGAACGACAUAAAAUGGGCCAUCCCCGGCAUGCUAGAGUUUGGCCUGUUUGGAAUUCCAUAUAUUGGGGCUGACAUCUGUGGAUUUUUUGAUGACUCAAGUGAAGAAUUAUGCCGUCGCUGGAUGCAAGUGGGAGCUUUCUAUCCCUUCAGCCGCAACCACAAUGCUCAGGGCUAUAAGCCUCAGGAUCCAGCCGCAUAUGGGGGUACUCUGUUGGAGAGCUCCAAACACUACCUGAGUAUUCGUUACACACUGCUGCCGUACCUCUACACACUGUUCUUCAAAGCCAGCACCACAGGGGAGACUGUUGUGCGUCCCCUCAUGCAUGAGUUUUAUUCUGACGAGCAAACCUGGAAGCUGGAUCGCCAGUUUCUCUGGGGGAAACACCUGCUCAUCACACCUGUUCUGGACCCGGGUGUGAUUAUGUUGGAAACCUAUAUCCCGGAUGCUUUGUGGUAUGACUACGAGACGAUGAAACCAUUAUCGGAGCGCAGACAAAAGAUUAAACUGCAUCUACCAGGUGACAAGCUUGGUUUACACAUAAGAGGCGGUGCAGUUCUCCCCACGCAGAAACCAGACGUCACCACCACAUACAGUCGACGCAACCCCAUGGGUUUGAUCAUUGCUCUGGACGACCAAGGCCAGGCUGCAGGGGAGCUGUUCUGGGAUGAUGGAGAUUCCCGAGAGACGUUCAAAAAAGGCAACUACAUCCUCUACAAAUUCACUGUUAUCUAUGGGGUACUGACCAUGCAGGUUAUACAUGCUGGCUACAGAGAUCCAAACAACCUACAUUUUGAGAACAUCACAAUCUUAGGGGUUCCACAACCUCCCUUGUCGGCCUCUGUGACACAUGUUGGAUCAGGAUCGCAUGGAAACUCUACAACCAUGAUUCCAGAAUCCGGGAUACACUAUGAUCGAACCAAAAAGGUUUUGUUCCUGCAACACCUGUCGUUAACUCUGGGGGAGACGUACCUCGUGCGGUGGGAGGAGGUGAAAGAGGAGUACCUGCGCUUUGACUGCCACCCCGAGGAGCAUGCAGAUGAGGCAAAGUGCAAGGCCCGAGGCUGCAUCUGGAAGGAAAGCAACAUUGAACGCGUUCCCUGGUGUUUUUAUCCACAAGACCAUGGAUAUCGUGUGCGACUAAAUGAGCACACUUUGUCUGGCAUUUGGCUUGACAUCACACGGAAUAAAAAUUCCCUGAGUAGCGGCCGCACUGAGUCAUCUGACAUUGACAACCUCCAUGUUCAGAUCACUUACCAUAGCAAUACAAUGCUGCAGUUCAAGAUCUGGGACCCAAACACAGAUCGUUAUGAGGUUCCAGUUCCGCUCUCUAUACCACCUGUUCCUGCAAUUGAUGAAGAGGGGAGACUUUACAAGGUUCUUUAUACAACUAAUCCAUUUGGCAUCCAGGUCAUACGGAAAAGCACAGGAACCAAAAUUUGGGACUCAUCAGCGCCAGGUUUUACUUUCUCAGAUAUGUUCAUUCAAGUAUCGACAUUUUUGUCAUCCAAGUACAUCUACGGCUUUGGUGAGACAGAACAUUUAACAUAUAGACAUGACUUGAACUACCACACCUGGGGUAUGUUCUCCAAAGACCAACCUCCUGGUUACAAGAUGAACUGCUAUGGAGUCCACCCAUUCUAUAUGGGCCUUGAGGAUACUAAUGAUGCUCAUGGUGUAUUGUUGCUUAACAGCAAUGCAAUGGAUGUGACUUUUCAACCUACGCCAGCUUUGACCUACCGGACUGUGGGGGGGAUCUUGGAUUUCUACAUGGUUCUUGGACCUACACCUGAGAUGGUGGUUCAGGAAUACACUGAUCUGAUUGGGAGACCUGUCCUACCUGCUUAUUGGUCGCUUGGAUUUCAGCUCUGUCGCUAUGGUUAUACUAACGACUCGGAAAUAGCCGAUCUAUACAAGCAAAUGAGGGCGGCAGAAAUUCCGUAUGAUGUGCAGUAUGCUGACAUCGAUUACAUGAAUCGGCAGCUUGACUUUGUCCUGGACCCCGAGUUUGAGGGACUACCCACCCUUGUUGAUAACAUGAGAAAAGAGGGCAUGAGAUUCAUCUUCAUUCUGGAUCCAGCUAUUUCAGGCAAUGAGACUCAUUACCCUGCCUUUGAGAGGGGUAAGGCCGCUGAUGUCUUCAUUAAAUGGCCCAAAACACUCAGUGAUGACAUAGUGUGGGGGAAGGUUUGGCCAGAUUUCCCAAAUAUCACAGUAAAUGAAUCUCUGGACUGGGACACUCAAGUAGAGCAAUACAGGGCUUUCACUGCCUUCCCUGACUUCUUCCGUAACGCAACAGCAAAAUGGUGGCAUCAAGAAAUCAUGGAUUUUUAUCAAACUACUAUGAAAUUUGAUGGCCUCUGGAUUGACAUGAAUGAACCCGCCAGUUUUGUACAUGGGACAGUAGGAGGCAAUUGCCUGGGUCACCCUAUGCUUGAGAACCCUCCAUAUAUGCCAGCCUUAGAAUCCAAACAUCUUGGCUUAAAUCAUAAGACGCUGUGCAUGAACAGUGAACAGAUACUCAGUGAUGGAACGGCGGUCAGACACUACGAUGUCCAUAGCAUCUAUGGCUGGUCCCAUACGAAGCCUACAUAUGAAGCUCUGCUGAAUGUCACUGGGAAACGAGGUAUAGUAGUGACCAGGUCCACUUACCCCUCGAGUGGAAAAUGGGCUGGACAUUGGCUGGGUGACAAUAGUGCCAAUUGGGACCAAUUAUAUAAAUCCAUCAUAGGCAUGAUGGAGUUCAGUCUGUUUGGCAUCCCUUAUACUGGGGCAGACAUAUGUGGAUUCUUUGGUAAAGCUCAGUACGAGAUGUGUCUUCGCUGGAUGCAACUGGGUGCCUUCUAUCCAUACUCACGUAACCAUAACGGGAAAGGCAACCGGAGACAAGAUCCUGUGGCCUGGGACUCAAACUUCGCAGAGGCAUCCAAAAAUGUCCUCAACAUUCGUUACACACUCCUGCCAUACCUGUAUACGCUCAUGUAUGAUGCUCAUACCAAAGGAAAUACAGUCGUGAGACCACUACUGCAUGAGUUUGUGAAUGAUAAAACUACUUGGGACAUUUACAAACAGUUUCUCUGGGGACCUGCUCUUCUUAUAAGCCCUGCCCUUGAUCCGGGAGUCACACAAAUAGAAGCCUAUGUUCCUGAUGAUCGCUGGUAUGACUUUCACACGGGAAAAGACAUCAAAGUGCGUGGCGAAAUGAUCUUGAUGCCCGCACCGAUGGACCACAUCAAUCUCCAUGUCAGAGGAGGAUACAUUUUACCUUGGCAAAAACCAGAGAACACAACAUACUACAGCCGAAAGAAUCCUUUGGGACUGAUCGUUGCCCUGAGUGACAAUGGGACUGCUCAAGGGUCAUUCUUCUGGGACGAUGGUGAAGGAAUAGACACAGUUGGAAAAGGACAAUAUCUACUGACCUCAUUUGCCGUAGAAUCGAACACCUUGUCGUGUAAAACGAUUCACAACGGCUUGUUUGCAGCUGACCAUUUGAUUCUUGGCAUAGUACAAGUGUGGGGGGUGGAGAGCACUAUCACAGGAGUAACUCUGACAGAGGUGGAUGGAACAGAACAUGAUCUGACACCUUAUUAUAAUGCUGAUACUCAGGUGCUGGUAAUAGAUACGACUGCAACUUCAGUCCGUGUGGAUCAUGGAUUCACUAUUAGGUGGAGUGCCAGUGUCUGAGUAUGACAUAAUUUUAGGUUAGAGUAGAUUUUGCAUUCCUUUACAAGGGUUUCCUUUUGACCACUUGAGCGAGAAAUAGACAGUAUACAGUAUUUUCCCAGAGACACAAUUUGAACAAAUUAGCAUGAAUCUGAAUCCUAAUUUUAUAUUAUAGUUGUUUUUUUCUUAAAAAGCUCUGCAAUCAAACCUCUUUUAUUGUUGACUUUUUCCCUCAUCUAACUCGUAGUCACAUUCAUCACCAGUCAUUAUAUCUUCUUCAAAAUUCAAAUAAAAAAAAAAAAAAAAAAACAGGAGCAUGGUAUACUUAAGUAUUUUUUGUACUGUUCCACAGGGUAGUUUGAAAUACUCUUGAUUGUCAAAAUGUUUAAGGUUGUUGUUUGUCAUUUGUUGUUUAAAAAAAAAAAAAAAAAAAAAUCUCUACAGAAUGGGUUUAAGGACUGAAAGACAGAAAGAACAAGCGUGGGGAAUAGGAAUAUUGAAACAAUAUUCAAUAAACAGCACUGUAUAUGCUGCAAAAUCAUAAGUACCAUUACAUAGUCACAACUUAUAUUUACCCAGGGCCCUCCCUGUGUGAAAGGGAUAGACUAGCUAACCAAUAGGACAGGAAAGACUACUGUAUGACAGGGCAGGGUGAGUGCGCAAUCCGUACUGUUGAUUUGUGAAUGGAAAUCCAAAAGAGGAGUAACCACCUUUUAGAAUUAGUAUUCUGAUAUCAUAUUAUUCAUUAAGGUAUUUUUAGUCCCUGCUCACAUAAGACAUAACAAUGUAGCAAGUGGCAUUUACUUUAUCAGGCAAAAUGCCAGAAAUUCACAUACUGUACGUGCAAUGUAUAAAGACGCAAUCUGACAUCUGACAUUUUCAGUGAGGACAGGUUUUUAUACUCCCUUGCCUUUUUAAAUGUAUUUGGACUAAAACCAAAGAGACUCAAUAUUUUUUAAUGCCUAAACAAGUUAUAAGUCAUGAACAAGUUAGUGGCCAUAUUUAAAGGCAACAGAACAUGUAAUGUAUUGCAUACUAAAGACAAUACUAGGGUAAGACAGAGGCAUGGAAAAGGAAAUGGAGUAGAGUAAAGGUCUGAUUAAGCAUUCCAAAUGAGAGAACUCAAAUUUGCUGGUGUCCAGUCUUUUUUCAUGAAUUAAUGACCACUUUCCAUUUGAUUAUUUGAUAUGUACGCUCUUUUAUGAUGUGUUUAGCAAUAUCAUAAUGACUGGCUGACUAUUGUUAAUUAAUAUUCCAACGUGUAAGAUCAAUGUAAUUAUAAUUAAUUUUUAAAAAAUGCGUAUGUGAGUUCUUUCUCGAAAUUAUUUUUCUUUUACCAAAGGCCCGAAGACAAUCUGCAUCUGUGCCAAGCAAGUAAGCAGAUGUUCCUGAUAAUGUAAUAACGGGAAGUAAUUAUUUAAUUAAUUUUCCGCACUGCUUAUCCACGGGAAGUAAUGCUUAAUGGAAAAACAUCUCAAGACGUAUGCAUUUGUUAAUUGGAAACACUUUGAUGCCAGAUGCAGUAACUAAUAACAUUCAGCAAAAUGGUGAUGACUACAAAACAUAGAAAUUGUGAAAGCCAUAAAUUUGGGGUGCUGACUAACAGUAUUAUGGAACUUCUGCCCUUCCACAGAAAGUGUAGGUGAAAUAAAUCUUACACGUGAACAGUUCAAAGUUGAGUUCACAUUUUUUUGAAUGAAAAAAUUGAGUUCAGAGUUGUUCCAAAAUGGAACUAGUCCAAAGUUCCCCCAUCAACCCUCACCCCCGUGUUGCUACAAGCUACAUUAUUUGACUUGUUUGCCCAAAAAGAAAUACUAAACUCUUUAACCUUGGUUCAAUGAAGAUGCAAUAGAGUUGGUCAAAGUCCAAGGCUAUUUAACAGCAAGUAAAAAGUCAAAAAGUCACAAAUAAUGUUUACUGACUGUUUCUAUGUAUUUUCAACUUUUAGCUAUUAUGGUGAAAUUGGACUGAACCUGUAGAAAAAGAAAAUAGCUUAUAUUUGCAUGCAUAUGCUUAUUAAAUAAAGAAGAAAGAAAAGGUGGCAACUAGCAGACUGUGGACUCUGCAGGAAAGCCACACAUAUACAUACAUAUUCUGAAAUGUUAUCAAAUAGCUCGACAGCAUGUCCCUAUUUAUACAGUACGUUGACAAAAACAUGCUUUAAAAAUUUUAUUAUAAAUAAAACAUUCUCAUGGAAGGAAUUGCUUGCCAAUUGGCCAGUCCAUCCACGCAUAAAAUAAUUUAAAUAUCAUUGGAAAUUGGGCCAGUGUGAUUGCAUCACUUCCGGCUCAGCAGAGAUACUAAAAUGCCUCUGGUGCCAGAGUAAUUGAAUGCUUCAUAUAAUCUAAUGAGAAUAAAUAUAAUAAGCCUGCAUUGCACUUGUUAUCGCCAGGAAAUCGAGAGCUCUCACCGGACCAUAACAGUAUCUACAGUUUGAUGAUUACAUUAUACUUAUCUACUUAAUUAUAAACUGAAAUACAAUAUGUAAGUAAUGUCAGCUGUAUUGCACCCCUUCUGUCCACUGUAAGAAAAUACUUGACUCAAUGAUUGUUAUCUGAACAACAGAAAAGUGUCACUUUACAGAUAACAUCAAACAAAAUAUGAAUCCCUCUCCAGGACAUUGAGAGGAGUUGCAUUUUCAGUCUGGCCAUAAAACACUUAGAGAUACAAAUAUGGUGCCUCAUGUGGUUACUACAUUGCACCAAAAGAUGACAGACAUCUGCCACUUCAACCUGAGCGUUAUGGUGAGCAUUUUCAUUCAAGGUUUUGUAGUUUAUAGCAUUUGAGAACCGCCCCCAGUCGAGGAUACAAGGGAGCAGAGUAGACUUCAAGCAAGAAAACCUACCAGGA